CGAGGUCUUAAAAACAUUGUCACUUUACCCCUCCCCUCGUGAGUACAACUCCAAUCUUCUGUAAGCUUGCAAAGAGCCUGCGUAACUGGUCCACGUGUGAAGGAACGUCGAACGACGAAGCAGACUAGAAAUAAGCGUGCAGAAAUAAUGGCAGGUGCACUCAGGAGGUUUGUACCACUGUUCGACAGGAUUGUUGUGGAAAAGUUCCUCCCAGAAGUGAAAACCAAAGGAGGUGUGCUUCUUCCAGAGAAAGGCCAAUCAAAAGUCUUGGAAGGAACAGUAGUAGCCAUUGGCCCAGGAGCUAGAGAUAAGGAUGGCAAGCAUGUUCCAAUGAGUGUAAAUGUUGGAGAUAAGGUGUUAUUACCUGAGUAUGGUGGCACAAAGAUCAAUGUUGACGACAAGGAAUACCAUAUCUACAGAGAUGGUGAUUUGCUAGGUAAAUUUGAAAGCAGCUAGCUCAAGAUCCAUUGUCUGAAACUUGAUUGAUAACUGAGCAGCUCCCUAGUAUUUGUUUGUUACAUUGUCAGGUCCAUCAAAAUGCUUCAUCCGUGCCCAUUGGCUUUGUAAUAAUAACAUUUUCAGGUUAAGUUCAGUUGUACCAAGUAGCAGUGCUUGUACUGGUCCUUUGUAAAACUGUGAAUAAAUAAAACUUCUAGUAAAUGCUA